AUGAAACUUCUUGGUAAGACAGUUCCUCUGUGGGCCUUGAGAACAAGUCUAAAGCGACAAUGGCAGACAUCGAGUCCCAUAACCAUCAGAGACAUCGACAAUGGGUACUUCGUAGCCUCCUUCAAAGAGGAAGAAGAUAUGAACAGAAUUUAUCAUAAUGGGCCUUGGAUGUUCUCUAAUCAAUAUCUAGUAGUCCAAAGAUGGCGACCAAACUUCGAUCCCUGGAAUGCGGAGUUACAGAAGAAAAUUGCAGUUUGGGUUCGACUUCCUCUGCUACCUCUGGAACUUCUCAAUGCGGCGAGUUUAAGGAAGAUUGGUGACCUUAUGGGGAAGACCCUGAAGAUAGAUAGAAUCACAUAUACUAGUAAAAGAGGGAGAUAUGCUCGUAUUUGUGUUGAAGUAGACCUAAAGAGGAGGCUAGAGGCCGCGAUCAAUAUUUUUGGUCAGAAAAGGUUCAUCGAAUAUGAAGGCUUACAUUUAAUUUGCUUCUGCCGCGAAAAGUAUGGCCAUCAUCGUGAGUCCUGCCCCGAUAAGGAGAUAACAUAUGAUGAUAGAAAGGAGCAGGCAGAGCCACAGGCAACCUCGAUGAAGCCGAGUUAG